ACUUUCAAUAAGCUCACUCUUCUUCCUUUCACCUCAUCUUAUUCACAACCCGUCACUAGAUCACCGACCUAUUCUCGCUAGCUCACUCUCGCACCAGUGCGGGCUCAGCUCGCUCGCAUUCUCAGAUCCUAUAAAAACCGCCGCCGCCGCCAACACAUCAAUUAAUCAUGAAACCACUCACCAAUACAGAUCUCAUUAAAACCCCGCUAAUCCUCAAAAUCACAGCCUUCACUUUAAUCUCAAUCACAUUUUUCUACCUUGGCAAACACUGGUCCAACGGUGGCUACCAGCAGCUCCUCUUCUUCUCCACACCACAAAACUCCAUUUCCAUCUCUCCUAACAACGACAGGUCGUUCAACAUUACCCCUCUAGUUUCCCUAAACCAAUCUGAUCAACCCCUUACAGAUCAAGCCACAACCAUUUCUCCACCUCCCGAUGAAUCUCCACUACCCGAUCCCAAUCGGACGUUUGGGAUCAUUGAUUCUGAUGGAAAAAUGAGUGAUGAUUUUGAAGCUGGGGAGUUUGAUCCGGACAUCGUGGAGAAUUGGGGGAACGGGAGUGAAAUUGAGAGUGGAAGUAAGGAUUCUAGGUUUAGGGCCGAGAGAUAUGAGUUGUGUCCAGUGAGUAUGAGAGAGUAUAUACCGUGUUUGGAUAAUGUGAAGGCUCUUAAGAGGUUGAAAUCGACGGAGAAAGGGGAGAGAUUCGAAAGGCAUUGCCCGGAGAAGGGGGACGAACUGAAUUGCUUGGUUCCCCCUCCUAAAGGAUACCGGCCACCAAUUCCAUGGCCGCGGAGCCGUGAUGAGGUAUGGUAUAGCAAUGUUCCUCAUUCGCGAUUAGUUGAAGAUAAAGGGGGCCAAAACUGGAUUUCUAAAGCGAAAGACAAGUUUACGUUUCCUGGCGGUGGUACACAGUUCAUACACGGGGCGGAUAAAUAUUUGGACCAGAUUUCUGAGAUGGUUCCAGACAUUGCAUUUGGUCGCCAUACUCGAGUGGUUCUAGAUGUUGGGUGUGGCGUGGCAAGUUUUGGUGCCUAUCUGCUAUCACGGGAUGUUAUGACUAUGUCUAUUGCUCCCAAAGAUGUUCACGAGAAUCAAAUUCAAUUUGCUCUUGAGCGUGGUGUACCUGCAAUGGUGGCUGCAUUUGCAACUCACCGUCUUCCAUAUCCGAGUCAAGCAUUUGAAUUGAUACAUUGUUCAAGAUGCAGAAUCAAUUGGACUCGGGAUGAUGGAAUUUUGCUCCUCGAGGUCAAUAGGAUGCUUCGGGCAGGAGGAUACUUUGCUUGGGCAGCACAACCGGUUUAUAAGCACGAACAAGUCCUAGAGGAACAGUGGGAAGAGAUGCUUAAUCUUACUACUCGUCUUUGCUGGGAGCUUGUUAAGAAGGAGGGAUAUAUUGCAAUAUGGCAAAAACCCUUAAACAACAGCUGCUAUCUAAGCCGUGACACUGGAGCAAAACCUCACUUGUGUGAUUCAGAUGAUGACCCUGAUAAUGUUUGGUAUGUUGAUCUGAAGGCAUGUAUUAGUCGACUUCCAGAGAAUGGAUAUGGAGCAAAUGUUUCCAUGUGGCCUUCCCGCUUGCACACUCCACCUGAUAGACUCCAGAGCAUACAAUACGAGUCAUUCAUAGCCAGAAAAGAGCUAUUAAAGGCAGAAAAUAAGUUUUGGUCUGAAACAAUAGCUGGCUAUGUCCGUGCUUGGCAUUGGAAGAAGUUUAAACUAAGAAAUGUAAUGGACAUGAAAGCUGGCUUUGGAGGAUUUGCGGCUGCAUUGAUUGAGCAAGGAUUUGAUUGCUGGGUUUUGAACGUGGUUCCAGUAAGCGGGUCCAACACGUUGCCUGUUUUAUAUGACCGUGGACUCCUAGGAGUUAUGCACGAUUGGUGUGAACCAUUUGAUACGUACCCAAGAACCUAUGAUUUACUGCAUGCAGCUGGCCUCUUUUCUGUUGAAAGGAAAAGAUGUAAUAUGUCUACAAUCAUGCUUGAGAUGGAUCGCAUACUCAGACCUGGUGGUCGAGCAUACAUUCGUGACACUCUUGAUGUCAUGGAUGAACUUCAACAGAUAGCUAAAGUCGUGGGUUGGGAAGCAACUGUGCGUGACACAUCUGAGGGUCCUCAUGCAAGUUACAGGAUCUUGACAUGUGACAAGCGCCUUUUGCGUCCUUGAAUAAAUGUAAUCUAAAAGCUAGCAGUGAUUUCUGGAGGUAGCUGUAAAGGAUCAGAUCAACCCGAUGUCUCCUUAGCCACUUAGAGACACUGGAGAAAGAUGGCUAAGAAAGGCUGGAUUUCCAAGGAGGAAGGAUUGUUUUGAUUUUGCAGUGAUUAGGACUGUGGGUGGCUGAGAUUCAUUGACUUCACCCCUUGUUGUUUGAGGACUUGCCCUGCUGUGAUCCUGCUAUCAGAACAUGGUUCAUCCUGCCAAGAAGGGGAGCCCACUGUCUGCGUGUCUGGUGUAAUUGUUGCAAAACACAAUGUCUAUAGUAGCAGAAGACCUUCUGAAGUCAAAACCAGCUGUAUUAUCUAUUCUUUACUAACAUUUGAUGUAGAAAUAUACACAAACACUCAAUCUCUAAUCUCUAAUUUCAUCCACUUUUGGAAUUGUAAA